ACAUAUAAACGUAGAGGAAGACGAAACCGGAAGUGGCGACACGGAGUUGUUGUUGACAAAAAUCCAGCUAGCCCGUUGCUAGGUGGCAUGCCAUUUCAUUGACAUAGUUCAUACUAACGCACAAUGAGUUAUCCAGAGGACAGGCACGGGACCAAGCGGCCGGUGUCCCCGAGUGACGACGGGCCCAGCUGGGCAGGAGCGGAUCUGGGAAGCAAUGAAAGGAAGCAGAAGUUUUUACGUUUGAUGGGCGCCGGCAAGAAAGAACCCACGGGACGCCUCGUCAUUGGCGACCACAAGUCCACGUCCCAGUUCCGCAGUGGGAACGAAGACAAGAAGAUGAACGAGCAGCUCGAGAUGCAGUACCAGCAGAGCAUGGAUGGGAAGCUGUCGGGCCGGAACCGGAGACACUGCGGCCUGGGUUUCAAUGAGCCUUCCCCAGAGCGAGACUCGUUGCCCCCCCCGCCGGUGGACGGCCCGUUAAAAGACCCGGAGCCGGAGAAGUCCACCGGCGAAGAGAAACCCGCAAAGGCCCGGGACGAAGGCGGCGACCGCGACCCAAAGAAACAGACCUCAGACCAGGCCGAGUCCAGCUCGGACAGUCAGGACGAGGAGCGGGAACGUGGCGGCGACGGCGCGGGGGGGAAGUCGUCGCCGGCGGCGGUCGUCGUGCGGGGAGGAACUCGUUUUUUGUAAAUCCCUCCCCGAUUUUUGUACAUUUUGCCGUUGUUUGUUUAACUGUCGGCGCUCGGCCAAUCGGCCGGUCUCUUUUUUUCGCUGCGUGGAAAACGGGUUCUCUGCGCUCGCCGCGGGGCCACUUCCUGGAGGGCACGUGGUUGAGAGUGAAGGCCGCAGGCGUGAGAGAAAGAGUCGGCUUUUUGGUUUUGAGUCGUGGUCAAACGGUCCCAUUUUUACUUUGAACAUUUUAACUGCGUCGGCCACGAUUCCUGUGGGAGGAAACGGGAUCGCUCGCCACUCAGCAUGAUUGGUUUACACAUUGUACAUUUUGUGAACUCUUGUUUUGAAAACCAAUAAUAAAAAAAAGAAAUAAGAAAGGAAGCGUGGGUGAAACAUCAACACUUUCAGACAAAGGA